AUGGCGUCCAAGGGCGAUCACGAGGUUCAGCAUCUUCGCAAAGCAGCCGAGAAUGAAGUCGAAGAGAAGUUGGGCCAAUCAGCCAUCUUUGAGGCGAAGCAAGCCUCCGAUGACGAGCAUGCACAGACUUUGAUGCAAGCCCUGACCCAGAACCGAAGGGCGGUGUUUUGGUCUGUCAUGAUUUCGAUGUCCAUCGUCAUGGAAGGAUAUGAUGUUAUUCUGAUCAACAAUUUCUUUGCGUACCCCGAAUUUCAGAAGAAAUAUGGCAGCUGGUAUGGCGAUGAGAUCGGAUACCAGGUCUCUGGGCCGUGGCAGACUGGUUUGACCAUGGCUGCCACGACCGGUGCCAUCUUCGGUGGUCUCAUGAACGGCUUUUUCGCAUCCAAGUACGGCUACCGCUGGGUCAUGAUCGUCGCAAUGGGGUUCCUUAACUGCUUCAUCUUUGUUGUCUUCUUCGCACACUCGGCCGCCAUGCUGCUGGUCGGUCAGAUCUUGUGUGGCUUUUCGUGGGGCGUGUUUGCUACACUCAGUCCCGCAUAUGCUUCUGAGGUCUGUCCGACGAACCUGCGAGGAUACAUGACUACCUACGUCAAUCUUUGUUGGGCGACGGGCCAGCUUAUUGCCGCGGGCGUACUUCGUGGCUGUCUCAGUAUUGAGGGUGAGAUGGCGUACAGGAUUCCCUUUGCAAUCCAAUGGUUGUGGCCAAUUCCUUUGAUGGUCAUCUCAUACCUCGCCCCCGAAAGCCCCUGGUUUCUCGUCCGCAAAGACCGACUCGAUGAAGCUCGUCGAUCAAUCGAAAGACUCAGCGGCGACAAGACUCAAGACCAGAUCAAUGCUCAAUUAGCCAUGAUGCUCCAUACGACCAAGGUUGAAGCUGGUGUCACGAGUGGCGUCUCAUACAAAGAUUGCUUCAAGGGUGUCGACCUCCGACGCACGGAAAUCUGCUGCAUCGCCUUCGCUGGACAAGUCAUGUCCGGCAGCAGCUUCGCAUACACCCCGACGUAUUUCUUCACGACCGCCGGCAUGAAUACGGCCAAUGCUUUUGAGUUGAGUCUUGGGGCGAAGGGAAUGGCUUUCAUCGGUACCUGCCUUUCCUGGUGGCUCAUCACUCAUUGGGGUCGUCGCCAGAUAUAUGUCACCGGCAUGGGUAUUCUGACAGUGAUCCUGUUCAUUAUCGGUAUUCUUGACGUUUCUGCUGGAAAGAAAGGACUAUGGCCGUCUGGUGGCUUGUGUGUUUUCUGGCUCUUCAUCUACUCCCUUACCAUCGGUCCGAUCACCUACAGCGUAAUCAGCGAGACUUCCUCAGUCCGCCUUCGGCCGUUAACCGUGGUUUUGUCUCGAAACGCGUAUCAGCUAGUCAACAUUGUUUCGCAGGUCUUACAAACUUACAUGAUGAACCCCACAGAGUGGAACUUGCGCGGGAAGGCUGGCUUCUUUUGGGCCGCCACCGCUUGCACCAUUUUCGUUUGGUCCUUCUUCCGAUUACCUGAGGCUAAGGGAAGGACAUACGAGGAGCUAGACAUUCUAUUUGCACGUGGUGUCCCAGCCAGAGAGUUCUCCACGACUCAUGUGGAUGCAUAUGCUUCCUCCAGCCAGGUUGAAGAUGUUCACCAUGCGGCCCCGCCGAAGGAAGACUUAUGA